CUGUACCAUAUAUAUCCUAUUUUAACGCUACAUCGUUAGAAUGAGUUUUUAGUAAUGUUUCAGAGAUUGCUAAAAGGGGCGAGCUUGACGUUUAGGAGCGUGUACGGCCAUAGGUAUUUCUCUGGUUCUCUAGGGAGUGACGCAUUCAAGGUAGAACGGCACAGUUUCAAGGCUAGAAAGCCAAAAGAUAUUGUAACUUUAUCGCAAUCGGCUCGUAGUCGACUUUAUGAUAUAAUCGCAGACGGUAACAAGGUUGUAUACCUCACUUUACGUGUAAAGGGCUGCAAUGGCUAUACUUAUGAGAUGAACAUGAUAGAUCCGUCUAGUAUCGGUGAUAUGGAUGAAAAAAUCCUUGAUGAGGAUGGGAAAACGAUCCUUGUGAUUGAGAACAAGGCAGUAUUCUACCUUAUUGGUAGUCACAUUGGUUACUCAGACGGAGACUUGGCGGAAGGGUUCACAUUUGAGAACCCGAAUGUCACAUCAAAGUGUGGUUGUGGCAAGAGCUUUCAAUUUGGUUAGAGACAAGAUUUAAUGUGCAAGGUAACACUGCAAUAUUUUAAUACGCGCUAGUUGGCUAGCAUUUGUCUAAUUUCAUUUACAUCU